AUGGCUGAACCUAACGCCGCCGUCAACCCGGUGGUUUUCUUUGAUGUUGCCCUGUCAGGUGAGACUCUUGGUCGAAUCAAAAUGGAACUCUUUGCAAAUGUUGUUCCUCGAACAUCUGAGAACUUCCGACAAUUUUGCACUGGCGAGAGCAAAAAUUCCAAGGGACAACCCCAAGGUUACAAAGGGUGCAAAUUUCACAGAGUUAUCAAAAACUUCAUGAUUCAAAGCGGUGACUUUCUGCAUGGAGAUGGAACUGGCUCUUGCAGCAUCUACGGUACUACAACUUUUGCGGACGAAAACUUCACCCUGAAACAUGAUUGUGCAGGUCUUCUUAGCAUGGCCAACCAUGGGCCAGAUAGCAAUGGUUCUCAAUUCUUCAUCAUAACUGAAGCAGCCCCAACUCUGGACAACGUACAUGUUGUGUUCGGAAAAGUUGUUGAUGGCAUGGAUGUUGUUCACAUGAUUGAACAGACUCGUACCAACCGAGAGAAGCCUGUUCAGGAUAUCACAAUUGUGCAGUGCGGAGAAAUGUAG